AGAAACCAGAGCCAUUAUCAUUGAUGACCUUCUCUCUCUCUCUCUCUCAAGAUUUUAUCUUUAUAAGUUGCAGAGAGUCUCUUUCUCUCAAAGUUCAUCAUUCUUUCAAAAUUUUUUAUUUUUGAAUGCUAAUUCAGUCUCAAAGAGCGCUGUUUUGGAGAAAAGAUUAAACUUUUAGACUGUUCUAUCUUUGCUAGAUCAUCAAUUUCUUCAAGACUUCUGGUUGGAGAGACAGGAAUCACCAGGCAUCAACUACCACAAUCAAAUUGAUCUUUCCUUCAGGACCGAUUCUGUGGUGGGUAUUUAUAGAUCAUUGCAAAGAUGAAUGAUUUAAUGACUAGAUCAUUCCUCAAUUACGUAGAGCUCAAGAAACAAGCCAUGAAAGAUCUGGAAUCCGAGCCAGACCUUGAGAUGGGCCAAUUAGAUCCUGAUGAUGAACAGAACCUCUCAAAUUUCUUUGAAGAAGUAAAUGCGAUUAAGAUUGACAUGGAAGAGAUGGCCAAUCUCCUCCUUGACCUUCAAGACCUAAAUGAAGAGUCAAAAUCCACUCACAGUAUGAAAUUGCUGAAAGGAAUUAGAGACAGAAUAAACUCAGAUAUGUUCACCAUUCUUCGAAAAGCCAAGGUUAUCAAGUCAAGAUUGGAAUCACUUGACAGGUCUAAUGUGGAUAAUCGUAGUUUGUCAACGGCUUACAAAGAAGGUAGCCCCAUUGAUCGAACUCGUGUUUCAGUGACGAAUGGCUUGAGAGUUAAAUUAAGAAACAUGAUGCAUGAUUUUCAAUCAUUGAGAGACCAGAUUUGUAAAGAUCACAAGGAGGGGCUCAAAAGGAGGUACUAUAAUGUGACUGGUGAGCAACCGAGUGAGGAAAUGAUAGAGAAAAUGGUUUUGGGAGGUGGGCAAGAGAAGGUUUUUGAAGGUAAAACAGAUUUGGUGAUGGAGAAUCAAGAGAGGCAUGAAGCUUUGAAGGAGAUACAGAGAAGCUUGACUGAGUUGCAUCAACUGUUUCUUGAUAUGGCUGUUUUGGUAGAGAAACAAGGUGAUGAUAUUAACAAUAUUGAAGAGAAUGUAGCUUGUGCUGGGACUUACAUCACUGGUGGGACUAAUGGGCUAUACUACGCUAAGCAAAUGAAGAAGAAGAGAAGCAAUUGGGGUUGUUGGAUUGGGUUAAUUUUACUGGUACUAUUGGUAAUUCUUGUUUCCACCCUUGCUUCUUGAAGUAUUUGUAGGACAUUUUGAUAGAUGGUUUUUAUUGUUAAGCUUGCAUGAAUGAGAUUCGUUUUUUUGAUUAUAUACACAAAAAUAGAGAAUUUCUCAUGAAAGAUGGAGUGUUAUUGUGGUUGAUGGAUUCCAUUAGGAUUAAUGUGUUUGAUGAUAUCUCUUCGUCUCCCACUUUUUACAGUUUCUUUGUAAUUCCAUAUUUGGACAACUAAGAGAAUAAGAUUACUUUUCGUUUGAGCUUUGAAGCA